AUGGUGCUCUCAGUCAUUACCUUAGCGGUCACAGCGCCCUUGCUCGCCACAUCAACCAUGCAACUAUCUGACCAAGCACAAAAGAGAUCAGACCAAGGCCAACAAGAACUGAAGAGGCAGAAAUGUCACCUUGCAGUCCGCGCCUCACCGAGAAUGAGCACAAACCGGAGAGAGGAACUGGCAAACAAAGUUGUCGUCGUCAGGGAUGGGCGCCUACUUCUCAGCGACCCAAAGCAGGCCACCGAUCACCCUUUCACCGGCUACUUUCUCCCUUUCCCCGAGACACAAUACGACGGGUUGGUGACGACCAUCAACAACGACAACUUCUUGAACUGGGUGUAUAUCGACACCACCACCUUCCAGCUGAAGCAUGGAACCCGGGCCGACGCCCAACCUCAGCUCACGGGGCCGAUGGAUCUCAAGCUCUGCAAAAAUGGAGAGCGGCGUCUGACUUUUCGUGACUGGGAAGGCUUUGUGGCGGUCGAGGAAAGUCCGGAUAGAUGGGCCCUCUACUUCGACGUGCAUGACGACGGCCUUGAGGACAAGAGGCUUGGGAAAUACGUGGUUGAGGUCGAGUUGAUCCGCAAGGAUCUCGAUGAUGAUCAUCACCCACACUCUUCUUAA